GCUCGAGCGGCUCUUUAGCCUUCAGUAUAUCAACAUCUGUUGUAGUAGUAAGUGGGUUGGAGUGUGUUUUUUCGAUUCUUUUAUAAUAUUAUAUAUUUCCUUCAAAAACGAUGUGAAAUCUAUUAAAACUGAUCGUGUUCUUUAUAUGAAGUCUAUUUUAACAAAAAUUUUAUUUAUAUUUACACACGACGUAGCCAUUCGUCCGAGUUCUGUUUUUUUUUUUGUAUAUAUAUGUAUACGUGGAAACGCGUGAAAGAGAGAAGCGAAUUCGCGGAUGCCAUGAAGACACACGAUUCAUCGUUGGAGCCUGUGACCAUUGGGUUCAAGGUAUGUUUCGAUCGUGGAUCGAGGACGCAGAAGAAUCAUCAAGCCUAAUGUCCGUAUGGUCGACGAGCACUGGACGCAAUUCAGUGUUUGGUGGCGAGAACGGAGCCGGACUCCCCUCCUCCCACUUACCUAUCCACGUAAACGUGGGUCAUCUACACACACGAAACGCUAAUGAGCAUUGCUAUCACAAGAGAUUCUACGAUUUUCAGUCGAAGAUGUCGCAGUCGGGUGAUGGCCUUCACACACCGGGUUAUCUCUCAUGGAGAAAAUUGCAGCUGAGCAGAGCGAAAUUAAAGGCGUCCAGCAAAACCUCGGCAUUGCUCUCGGGUUUCGCUAUGGUUGCUAUGGUGGAGGUACAACUAAACUCUGAUACAAAAGUUCCUUCGGAGAUGUUAAUUGCUUUCGCAGUUUGUACGACGUUACUAGUGGCUGUUCACAUGUUGGCGUUGAUGAUAUCGACGUGUAUUCUACCGAAUAUCGAAGCGGUCUGUAACUUACACAGCAUAAGUCUUGUACACGAAUCGCCACACGAACGUCUCCAUUGGUACAUCGAGGUAGCAUGGGCGUUCUCCACUUUACUUGGUUUACUUCUAUUUCUAUUAGAGAUAGCGAUUCUCUGUUGGGUAAAGUUCUACGAUUUUUCUCAGGUUGCCGCAUGGUCGGCCUGUAUAGUGUUAAUACCAGUAUUGAUAAUCUUCCUCGCUUUUGCGAUACACUUUUAUCGUAGUUUGGUAGCUCAUAAAUACGAGGUUACUGUAUCCGGUAUAAGGGAACUCGAAUUGCUCAAAGAGCAGAUCGAAUCAACAGAUACCGAAGGUAGAAACGGUAUAAACUUAUUACAAUCCGGUGUAACACACGUUGUGUGAUAUCGAGUACUUCGACUUUGAAGAAAAUACCAUUGAAGCGUCUGUGACGCGGGAAGGAUUUCAUCGAUUUUUUACAAUCAUUUUCUUUCCCCUCAUCCAAUUACAUUUUUUUACUGAGCGUUAUCGUAGAUCAGAAUCGUACAUAUAUGUAUAUACUAAUUAUCGUUUUUAAGAAUAACGAAAGUAACUAGCUCUUUCAACUUCUUUUAUUAUUUUCGAGUUUUUGGGACUAUAUAUGUGAAAUAUCCAUAAUCUUCCUGGAAUGUGAGUUUGGUGGGAGAACUUUAGGGAAAUAACAAAUAAUUACGUACGUAUGUAAAUGUGUUUCACUGGAUACUCGAAAUCCUAUAAAAAAUUUUUAUAUGAA